AUGACGGAAGAAGAACACUCAUUGAAUAUACCAUCGCUUCUGACGCUUGCGGUAGUAUCCUACUUUGUACUCCGAUGGUUCUUCAAACGCGAUGACGGCUCCGCGGGUGGCGGCCGAGGCCGGGGUCGUGGCAACGCCGUCGACCCGGCACAGGUGGAACAGAUUGCGCAGAUGUUCCCGCAAUUAAGCACCCGGGAUAUAAUGUGGGAUCUGCAGCGGAACGGGGGAGUGUUGCAGCGACGACAGAGAGGAUCCUCACAGGGCGUGGAUUGGAAACUGUACGUAUUCGCUGAUGCUGACAAGAAUCCUCCACCUUCGUUCCAGCCUCCGGUCGCAAUUCCCUCCACCAACACCCCGCCGACGCAGACUACGACAGCCGCACCGGCACUUAAAGCGGACGGACAAGACUUGAUUUCUCGAGGCACCCCCUCCAAGACCACUUGGUCUCAGAACAAAGAAGAGCGUCAGCAACUGUUGCAGAAGCGUCGGGACGACAUGAUCUUGGCAGCACGGAGGAAGAUGAUGCAAAAGAAUCAAGGCGAUGCACAAUAA